AUAUCUGUGAAGUCCGUAAUUUCGCAAAGGAUGACGUCGGAAUGUGAGGGUAAAAUAGUUCAAAUUCCGAAUAAUCCAGCGUCUGAUGAAACAGCAUCAACACCUCAUAACGCUCAUGUGGAUAUCUUGCUGGAUGAACAUGAUGAUACAGGACAAAGUUUACAGAAUGAUAAUUUUGGAAGUGAAAAUAUACCCUCCUCACUACUUAAUGCCCUGUUUCCUUUAAACGAACCUUCAACCACGAAUCUUACACAAACGGAAGAUGAUGACCCUGUAUCACUUUCAUCAAAUAUCAAUCAAAACAGUUUUAAUGUAAAUUCGCCCAUUAAACCUGAGUUAGAAAGUCCGAUUUGCAAUCUCUCUGAAAAUUCUACCCAUUCAGAACCUAUAAAUCAAACCACUGUUUAUGCACAAGCAGAACCAGAAAAUACGCACACCAAUUUAAUUUCUGAGCCGUCUGAGGACUCAACGCCUAAGAAAGGCGUAAACACGCAUGCUUUUGACGACAUCCAAGUUGAAAAAUCACAAGAUAUUUUGGUUGGUGAACAGUGCGGGGAUUUCAAUAAUUCGGAACUUAAGAAAGGUUUGAAUGCCAACGUAGAAUUGGAAAAAGCACAGGAAAAUUCAGUUUGUGAACCACUCGAAAGUUUUAUUCAUUCAGAACCUAAGAACAGCAUGAGUGAGAAUGAAAAUCCUGCUUCUGAUAAUGCGAAAUUAGAAAAGUCACAGGAAAGCUCAGUUUGUAAGCCAUCCGAAGACUCUACUCAGUCAGAACCUACCAACUGCAUGAGUGCAUAUGUAACUUCUGCUAUUGAACAUAUUGAAAUGGAAAAAUCACAGGAAAAUACGACUUGUGAGCUAUCUGAGAAGUCCACCCAUUCACCAAUUGAAAAUCAAACGGAUGUAGAUUCCAUUCGCCUUCCUUCACAGAUGGAAUUUGACAAAACCCAAAAUGAUUUACAAGAAGAAAAGAAAAACAAUGCUCAGGAACCAAACAAUUUUUGUAUUACAACUGAUGAUAAUAGUGAGGCUAUUGCGCAUGAAGUUAUGUCAAAAGAACCAGAAAUGAGCAACGAAGAAAUUGCAGUGAAUAAACUAUUAGAGGUUUUAGAUGAAGCAAGUUGUGAAGUACCAGAAGCAGACAACAAAGAUGUAGUUGAUUUAAGAAUAGAUACAGGAAUGUCUGCAGAUUACGAAACUCACGUUGAAAAUGAUAAAAGUGCCGGGAAUGAAUAUGGACAAGGAAUUUCAGGUAACAUGAUGGAUAUUUUAAAUUCUUUAGACCCAGUUUCUUCGCUCAAGAAUGACGAAGAGAAAGAAAAUAAUUUAGAAUCAGCGCCAAGUGCAACAAUUAGUACCGCUAAAGAAGAGGAGGCUGAUGACUCUGAUUUACUUAAAUCUGAUAAAGCCAAGGAUAGUAUGAGAAAUAGGGAAACAACCUUUGAAGAUAGAGAAGACAAAUCAGUUGUUGAAUCAACUAACAAGAAAGAAGAAAAACUUCCAGUUGAAUCAACUAUACAGGAUAAUAAUUUAAGUAUAACACCUACCCUUGAUAAGCAGGCUGUAGAUAGUUCGGUGAAUUCUGAUGAUGUAGACGAUGAAGCUAGAAUUAAAUUACAAGAACUCCUACAUGCCCAGAGCACAAAGAUCGCAGAAGAGUCGGAUUUCGAUGAUAUUGAAAUUAAAGCAGCUCCAACUGUAUUAAUUACUCAAGAUCACAGUAAAGAAGAGAAAGAAGAGUCCAUAACAGACAAAACCACUGACCAACAGAGUCCGCCUUGUGCUACUGUUGAAUCUAAGAUUCGAAUUGAAAUUAAUGACAAUGCUGUGGAGGAAAAUGAAUGGAAUCAAGUUGACACUGUUGAAGUUGCUGAACAAUCAACUGAUGAUGAAACUGAAAUUACCUCUAGGCUGGCUUCACCAACAAUAACAUUUAAAGAUGCCGAAAGAGAGUGUAGAAAACUAAAUUGGCUACCAUAUUCUGAAAAAGUGAAAACGACAGUAAAUAAGAAAGGGUUCUUUGCCACAGUAAAAAGUCUAUUUUGUGGCCCACCGAGUUUGAACAAAACUUUAGAAGAAGAUCGAUUGUUUAUAUUUUGUAUGGCUGCAUAUCAAUUCGAUAACAAUUGUGAAACGCAUAUACGUGUGCUACAAACAAUUUUUAAACUGUUGACUGGCUCUCGUUUUGAUUGUCCCAGAUAUGGAAAUCAUUGGGAGAAUAUAGGUUUCCAAGGCACUGAUCCAUCCACUGAUCUUAGGGGAACAGGCUUCCUUGGUCUAUUACAAAUUCUUUAUUUAAUGACCUCUCACGUUGACCUUGGACAUAAAAUUUAUAAGCUCUCUCUCCACGAAACUCAAAAUUUUCCUUUUUGCGUUAUGUCUAUAAACAUAACUAGAAUGUGCUUACAAUGUCUCAGAGAAGGACUAAUAAACAAGGAAAGUAAUAUAAGAAUGUUGGUGUUUCCAAUAUUUAAUAAAUUAUACGCUGGAACGUUUAACGAAUUUUACACAAUGUGGAAACGGGGAGGUAAAACAAUCAAGGAUAGUGGAUUUGUUCUUAAAGAUUUGGAAACCAACGUAAGAAAACAAAAAGACCGAAUAUUGUCUCAACUUGAUACCUCUACAAAAUUUGGAGAUAAUAAUGAUGAUGAUGAUAAACCAUUAGAUUUUUUUAACGUUUGUCAGAAGAAUUGA